UGGAAGUUUUUGUUGUUUCGGUGAUAUAAUAAAAUAAAAAUUUGUGCAUAAAGUGAGUGAUUUAAAAUGGCGUAUAACGGUGAAGGACCUCAUAAUAAAAGACAGCGAACAGAUACUGAUUCGGGCAAUCAUCGUACGAAUGAUGCAUCAACUGGCGGUGGAAAUGCCGGCGAAGAACCACGUCGUAAACGACAAGAAGAAGCAAAACCUAAUCAUGUGCUUCUUUUCACAAUUAUUAACCCAAUGUAUCCCAUCACAGUGGAAGUUUUACACACAAUCUGCCAAUCAAGUGGUCAAGUUUUACGAAUUGUGAUUUUCAAAAAGAAUGGAGUACAAGCUAUGGUUGAAUUUGACAGUGUUGAUUCUGCGACUCGUGCCAAAGAUACACUAAAUGGUGCUGAUAUAUAUUCCGGUUGUUGUACACUGAAGAUUGAUUAUGCGAAGCCGGAUAAAUUAAAUGUACACAAAAAUGAUGCAGAAAGUUGGGACUACACAAUUGGCAUUAACAAAGACAACCACACAAAUGGUCGAUCACAACCUUUACUUCAAGAUCCACACUUCAGUUCACGUCCACAACCUUUUAAUGCAAAUGCAAAUUAUGCUAAUGAUCAUAUGUUUGACGAAUAUACUGGUACUGGUACUGGUUACGGUGCUGGAGAUCCUUAUUCACCAGCAACUGGUGCUGGUGGGGGCGGAGCAGCCGCACACCAUGCACCACAUCACGGUGGUGGACCACCAUUGAUGAAAGACACUGCUGGUGGCGGUGGAGGUGGUGCUGUUACUGGUAUUGGUGGUGCAUUUAGAGGUCCUACAAUGCCCACGGCCAAUAUACCAGGUGGCGCAAUUGGUCCAAUGGGCGAUAGAAAUGUUGGAUUUCAAGGAGGCACAAUUGUUUCAAAUCGAGCACAACAAGGAUGUGUGAUGAUGGUGUAUGGCUUAGAUCCACAAAAAGCAAACACAGACAAAUUAUUCAAUCUUGUCUGUUUAUAUGGGAAUGUUGCUCGUAUUAAGUUUUUAAAAACAAAAGAAGGUACAGCAAUGGUGCAAAUGGGUGAUAGUGUAGCAGUUGAACGAUGUGUACAAAACCUAAAUAAUGUGAUUGUAGCAGGCGAACAAGAACAACAUUUACAACUAGCGUUCUCUAAACAAGCUUUCCUUGGUGAAGUAACAAAUCCUUAUCCAUUACCCGACAAAACACCAAGUUUUAAAGAAUAUACUUCCAAUAAAAAUAAUCGAUUUUUAAAUCCAGCAAUGGCUAGUAAAAAUCGUAUCCAACCACCAAGUAAAAUCUUACAUUUUUUCAACACACCACCAAAUGUAAGUGAAGCAACAUUAUUACAAGUAUUCAGAGACUAUGGUGUAACACCCCCAACAACAAUACGCAUGUUUCCAAUGCGAUCUGAACGGUCAUCAUCAGGUCUUCUAGAAUUCCCUACUGUUGGAGAAGCAAUUUCAGCUGUGAUGUGUUGCAAUCAUGCAGCAAUUGAAAACUCAGGAACAAAGUUUCCCUUCAUAAUGAAACUUUGCUUCAGUUCAACACGAAAUAUGGCAUCGGCCCGUCAUUCUAUCGAUAAUAAUGGUACGACACAAAAUAAUGGAAACAAUGCAAGAAUGGAUCAAGAUUCCUGAAUUGAAACCACAUAUGUACAUGUAAAUGCAACGUGUUAAUAAUGCAAGGUUUUAACACAAAACUAAUUAAUUUUUUAUUAUCAUUAAAACACAACAACGUCCCCUUCACA